UAAGCCAAGUCCACCGCUACUUUUUGAACGGACUUUGUCCUGCCGCCGAUUGGGGAAGUGUGAUUAAACUAUGUAGCUAUAACGUUAGUAGCUAGUUAACAUCUCUUCACCUUCCACAUUAGCUAAGUAGGAUAUAAAUCUCACGUAUCAAGAUGUUUGUUAAACCAAAUAACGUUAGCUAUCAGUAUCUUAGCAUAAUAGUGUCACUUUACCUUGUUUUGUUUGUCCAUGAUCAACGUUUGUAGCUAGCUAGCUAAAUUAAUUUAAAGGUACGUGGAAUAAAAUCCAGCUUUAAAUGACCAGCUACCAGCUGUUUCAAAACAUAGCUUCAGCUGGUCAAACCAUGUGAAGUAUGGAUCUGGUCUGAGCUAGUCAACCAGCUACUCGCUGUUUCUAAACCGAGCUUGAGCUGUUUUUUUCAGCAGGGUAACAGAAUUUUAGUCUAGUUAAUACCCAGCAAAGCAAUUCUGGAAACCAAACAAUAUUAGCUAACAGCACAACGUCAUCUGAUGCAGGAACUAGUUUUCGUAAGUGAUACUUGCUAAGCAAUAAGCAGGCCAAGGUGCAACUAAACGGCCAAGUGUGCUAGCUAGCUUAUUAAAUUAGCUAACGUUAGUUAACCUAGGGUAUUAUUGUGGAGGAGGCGUUGACUUCAUCACUCUCUUAACUUUACUCAUCAGUAUCUUUAUUCAGUGAAAGAUUGCAUUAUGGCUCGCGGAAGGUCAGCACCCAAUAUCAGCUUCAACAGCAGUGACAGCGACUUGGAUGAAAUACUACGGAUUGAUGCAAUGUCUCAUGGAAGGUCUGUGCCAAGUGUCAACUUCGGUAGUGAGAUCGACAUUGAUGUUAUAAGGGCAGAGAUGGCCAAGCUAAAAAUACAGCUCCGGACCAUGGAGGUGGAGCGGCAGGCCUACGUGCUCCAGUCUCAGGAUCUGAUCCGCAGGCAGCGGCGUGAGAUGGAGCGGCUGCAGGCGGAGCAAAAGGAGCUGCAGCGCAUUCUUUGCAUGUGCGAGAGCCGCACCCACAGGCAGCAAGACACUGCGGUCACACAGGACCUGCUCUUCCUGCUGGAACACAAAGACCAGAUGGACAAGAUGCUGGAGAGCGAGAGGCUGACCCUGGAACAGCUGAACAAGGAGAUCCUCAACGCAGAUCGUAGGCUGAUAAUUCUGCGGAGGGUGGGAAGCACAGGGGGUUAUACCCAGAGAACCAAAGCCCCCCCAACCCAGAAGACCACCCAAGUCCUGGAGAACCAACUGGACCGAGCCCUGGUGCGGUUUAACACGCACCUGACACAGAACAGCCAGCUGAGGAAUGACCUUGAGUCCCUGCGCAUCAGGCGAAGCCACUUCCAGCAGAUACGCCAGAGACUGGAAAGGGAACUCCGGGAUUUACGUGAGGACAUCAGUGAUGUUGUAAACAUCUCCACAGCAGCAUAUAACGCUAGGGUGGAGGUGCAGAUGAAGAUGAUGAGGAUUAAAGAGUUGGCCGUGAAGGAUCUAGAACAUUACAGUAUUGAGAUGAAGGAGCUUGAGACAGUGAUUGCGGACGAGCGCCACCUUCAAGACUUCCUGACUAUUAAGUGUCACAGUAGGAGUGGACAAGAGGACCAUCGCCACAGUCCACAAGACCCAGAUGAGUGGGAAAUGAGAGAGGAGAUGACAGACGAGAUGCUGGGCGCUCUGGACGAGACGUUCCUGAAGAUCCACAGUUUGACCGGAGAGGAGAACCUGGAUGUUCUGGUGAGGAGGUUCCUCGAAAUCGAGGACCAGAACUUUGCCCUCUUCGACUUUGUAAAUAAGCAGAGCAACAAGAUAAAGGAACUGAAAGACCAAGUUAGCCAGGUGCAGCAGGACACUGAGCGGCUGUGUGAGGACGGGCAGCAGUGGGAGCUGGAGCGCCACGCCCUGACGCGGGACCUGCAGGCGCGACAGCAGGCGUCGGAGAAAAGGGCUCAGGCCUGUAACACGCACACGGCCACAGUCGCCAAGAUCCUCGAACAAGCCAGGACAGGCAUGAGGCGUGUGCUGCGUAGGCUGGAGCGUGUGCGGAAUGUGAUGAAGGACUUGCCGCCCGCCGCCACAAUCACAGAUAAGAACCUGGUAGAAAUCCUGGACACUCUGGAUCUGAAGAUCAAUGGCCUCCUCAGAAUCCAGGCCUUCCUCAAGUCUAAGAACCCAGACAAAGAUGAUACAAAAGAUGGUUCUGAACAGAAAGCAGCAGUCAAGUCCCCCUCAAUUAGUGAGGAGGAGAGACCUCUGAGCCAGAAGGAGCUCCGCCAGCAAAUGAUAAAGGAGAUCCUACUGAGGGAGGGAAUCAUUGGGCCGCGCAGGGAGAGGGCGGUCAAGCCUUCCAGACCCAACAAGGCGCCCAGCACUCAACGGCGCCGCCCAGAGGCCUGAACGGGGGAUUACUCCCCAGGCCAGCAGCCAAGCUUCUCCCUACAUUUUACAUUUUUACAUUUUAGUCAUUUGGCAGACCCAUUUCUCCCUCACCCAGGACACACCUCAGACUGGCAGCAAGAAGCCGCUGCCCACUGCCCCUACAUUUACAGGUCUAUUCCCUGUGUUCUGAAGCAGGUUUUGUGUUUCAUCAGCGAAUACAUCAGAGGGUGCUCACCAGCUUUUAUUGUCUUUAACUUUCAGCUUAGCCCUUACUUUUGAGUUGUUUGUCCUCUUCAAGAGGCCAAUUGUAUUCCAACCCCACUGUUCGUAUGUGUUGACUGACAAUCACAGCAAUUAUAUUUUCUUAGACAGUGAAUGUUGGGCAUGUAUCCUAAAAUGCAUUUUAUGAAAUAAGUAUACCAACUAAUUGUCCCUGUCUCACUCAUUCCUUUUGGGCAGGUUGGAACUUUGGGCAGUAUUUUAACAAGACUCUUCUUGUUAAAGUGGUGUCUGUUAUAUUUCUACAUGUAUUAUUUGCCCAUUUUGAAAUCUUAUUCAAUAUUCUCUGUCAAGGAAAAUUCAUUGGACCGAAUUGCUCUUAGCAUAUGACAUUACACACAGCCUUCUCCCCUGUUCUGUUUUACUGCUGAACAGCAGGGGGCAGCAGAGCCUUGAUUGAGCCUCAGGGCAUUUCCUGUACUUCCCUGUCUGUCACUGGUAAUAAAACGUUCAGUUCCAAA